AUGACAUUACAAAGCAAGAAGCUGCCUGGAAGACCUCGCAAACACCUGAGCUCCACAGCUGGGCUUCUCUCCUCGGGAGCUUUGCCACCCCCAGACCACGACUCCACCGCCCACAUAAAGGCUGACGAUAGCUCCAUCAACAUGGAGCAUCUUCAGAUUUUCCAUCACUACUCUAUUUCAACAUGCAAGAGCCUGUCAAGUGACCCCUCUGCCACUGAAAUGUUCCGUGUUGAACUUCCGCAAAUGGCCAAUGAGCAGCCGUUCAUCAUGCACUUGAUCAUGGCAUUGUCAAGCCGCCAUCUUCAAUUUCUGACCUCAGAAAAAAGCAAAAAGACGCACUAUGCUAAUUUCGCCGAGAAUCAAUUCUCCGCCGCCCUACCGAAGCUCAGACAAUCCUUGGCCCAUUUGGACGAAAAAAGUUCCCAGGCUCUCUAUAUUUCCUCGCUUCUUGUUUGCUGGUACGUCUUUGCCAGGGGUCCUAGUCCAGGUGACUACUUGCUGUUUAGUGACGAUGUGCCUUUGAUCUGGUUCCCCCUCUUGCGUGGCGUUCGCCAUAUCAGGGAGCUGGGACACUCAGAUAGUUCUUCCAAUACUGCCGCAUCACCAAAUUCGGGGGUACAGUUUCCCAAGGCUGACGGGCCAGUUGUGAAUUCAGGGAACACAAAAAGAGUAAAUUGGGAAACCCAUUUUCGAGAAUUCACGGCAUUUGUUGCCUCAACUGCGCCUGCGACUUGUGUUGAGAUUUACCUGGUUGCUCUGACCAGACUGAAACGACACUACGAAGCAACCUACGGUGACGACGAGAACGGAUCAUACAAUGGCAACAAAGUCCAUCAAAUGAUUUUUCAAUGGUUGUACCUUAUGGAGGAGGACUUUAUUGACCGAGUUCAACGAAGGAACCCGCAUGCGCUGCUGAUAGUAGCAAACUUCAGUGUGCUCCUGAGCACUUAUGAUUCAUUGGGUUGUUGGUUUCUUCGUGGUUGGGGAAAACACAUUUUGAAUGGCAUAUACAACUCAUUGGAAAGCAACUAUCAAAGCUGGAUGCGCUGGCCUAUGGAAGCAGCCGAUAUCGAUUGGUCUGCUUUAUCCCCAUGA